AUUAAUGUAAAAUGUGUGCUUUUCUUAUUGUUUGCUGUCCGCAGCACCAGCGAUGCUUUGUCCUUAUGGCUGGCAGGGGUUCAACGGUCGCUGUUACUACUUCAACUCUGAAUCUCUGACAUGGCCUCAAGCUGAUGCCAGCUGUGCAAAUGCUGGGGCCAGUCUGGUUUCUGUCCACAGCCCUCAGGAGUAUUCUUUCCUCUACCACCAAGCCAUUGCUUAUGGAUUCUCUCAAGCCUGGUUGGGCGGAUUCUACUUUGACAACCAGUGGAUGUGGCUCGAUGGUUCCUGGUUUUAUCCUGGAUUUUUCACUCAGUUGUCUCCAGACAGCAUAUACCCAUGCCUCUCAACAUACACUACCAAUGGUUGGAGCAAUUUCGACUGCAACGAAAGCUUCCCUUCGUUUUGUGUGAAGAAUUCUUCUGUGUGAACAGGACAGACAGAGUAAUUCAGUCAAGUAGACGUAUAACCUAAAUGUAUUCUGAAAAGUCUUGUGCAA